AUCUGGCUGCGUUUGUUACAGCAGGCCCUGAGAGAGAGAUAGAGAAAGAGAGAGAGAGAGAGAGACAGAGAGAGAGGGAGAAAUUUGUAGAUAUUUGGUGUUAACCGCUCAUUUCACACUCUGGAGCCCUUAGUGUAUACAUGGAUUGAUUUAAGCAAAUUUUUUACCCGGAAAGCGUGUGUGUAAUUUUGACAUAAAAGUAUUUUUUGUUAUUUACCUCCACGGAAAAUCAUGGCAUGUGGCAAUCCCAUGUCAUUCUACAUCUGAAAUUUAAUACAUUAAGGGGAUGAUGUGGCAAUAAAAACGUGGAGGAUGGGGUCAAAAAUUAGGUGACCAAAAAGUAUACGUAUGUUUUUGACACAGAAGGAAAUGAUGAAAGAGUUGGGGCAGAUGAUAUAAAAGCUGAAAUUCAAGCCGUUCAAGAUGGUGUUUGGGUUUAUAAGUGCGUUCUUCAGACGCCUGUAUCUCACUAUAAUCGACCUGUAUACGUUACCAGAGUUACGACCGAUGUUAUUUGGGUUCAUGAAACAGCGUCUUCUGGGAGGUGGUGCAAAUAUUGAAAAGGUUCACGACGGCCAUGGGGGGAUUGUGUCCACUUUGUUCGUGGAUGGUGUCCCGCUGCCGCCUUUCCCGUCUCUACGAAGCAACUUACGACAAAUUGACAAGUUUCAGGUCCGCAGCGACGAUAUCUGGAUCGUUAAUUGGCCAAAAUCAGGUACACAUUGGAUGUGGGAGGUAGUCAUGAUGUUGUCCUCGGGACAAGCACAAUUAAGAGACUCGGUAAAAGUAGGCGCCAUGUUCCCGGAAGCAUGCACGCUCCAGGCGACAGAAAAAAUGACGUCACCACGUGUCCUGGAUACCCACGUGCCCUUUAAACUCUUUCCAAAGGCGGCGUUAAAGUCCAAGAUCAUCUACACUGUUCGUAAUCCCAAGGACGCGUGUGUGUCUGCCUAUCACCAUCAGAAAGGCAUGGCGGUGCAUAACAAGGUAUCCUGGGAAGGCACGUUUGAGUUGGUGACUAACGGGAAAGCUCAUUACGGAGACUGGUUCGACCACGUGGAAGAAUGGUUGAAAGUUCUGGAGAACAAUCCAAACGCCCUCAUUGUGACGUAUGAGGACAUGAAAAUGGAUCUGAAGAAACAAGUGCGCCGUGUGGCAGAAUUCCUGGGCUACAAACGAUCAGAGAAGUUUUACGAUGACGUAGCCAAGCUGUGUUCUUUUGGUAACAUGAAAAAAGAAAAGAGGGACAUCAAAUCGGCAUGGAGCAAAGAAAGUGCAGGGAUAUACAGAAAAGGUACGGUGGGAGACUGGAAGAACUAUUUCACUGUGGCACAGAAUGAGAAAUUCAACGAAAUAUACAACAGGAGAAUGAAGAACAUUAAUUUGGAUUUAAAAUUCGAACUUUGAACGAAUUGAAGACAAGGCUCAAAUACAAAUCACAUACACUGUACGUGUGUAUAUAAGAAGCAUGUUUAUUACUUCAUAAUACCCUGUGCCUUCUGCG